UUUUAUUAUGGCGGUGUCGGCGCGUGGAAUAUUUAAACGGCGCUAAUAUUUUUACACCACUUUAUCCCUCCAACAAUGUGGAAACUUUUAGUUUUGUUCUACAAAAACGAAGGAACAAGGUCAAACAAGGUGAUCCCACUUUAACCCCUUUUGCUUGUUUGAUUUCUGCCUCCCUCCUAGCUUCUAUACUGAUAUAAUAUUGAGCAGUCUCACAUCAUAACAAUGUCAAAAACACUGGUGUGCCUUCAAGAAACGAUUCCAUUCUAUGCCCAAGAGAGUUCUUCUGUGCGAUACAGUUAUGAUGAAUCGGCAGUUAAGGGAUCGAUGCCUUCUUAUGGAGAUGGCCCACUCAUAACCCAGGAUGAGAAUGCAUGCAUUGAAGGACAUGUCCCGAGAGUCUUUUCUCGCAAGCGUGAGGCUACCAACAUCUUGAUGGAGUGUGUGAAGAGGAGGGACAAUCUGCAGAACAUGGAUAUGGAAUUCAUCUCUAAUGUGCUCCCAGUAUGGGAUUCUCCAAAGGUGUACAUUCCUCCCUCUAGUGCAGUACCCACAAUGAGUCCAAAGUUGGUGGGAGAUUUUCAAAUGACGAUGGAUUUCGUGGAUUCUUCCUCUGUGGAUUCAAAACUAGGACUGGCUCCUGAAAACAACUCAUCCUGUCAGGAUGUAGAUGAUGUUUCAAGGAUUGAUUCAGAAGAGGGCAAUCUCCUGCUAGAUUCUAAAUCAGUGGCAGUAAAUAAUAUCAGAGAAGUCUCCCGUGACUCCUCCUCCGCCAUCUGUGCAGAUCAAACCUGCCUGAACCCUGUGGACGAAGGAAGGAGUCCCUUCAUUACCAGCCUCUUUACAGGGGUUGCCCGUAUCCUCUACUUCCCCACGAAGGAUGAGAAAGUGACAGCAUUGCCGAAAGAAAUUCUUACUCGUAUGAAAUGGAAGCUUUCGACGAUAACACCUGUCAUUAUUAAAGAGAUGCUGUUGCAAAAAGGUUUCAAACUUCUAGAAGCUGAGACGACAGAUAACUGGAUUGGUACGUGGGGCAAGCACCUUAAGUGUGCACUCUUUAAGGACAUCAAGCACUACCAAAAGGUCAAUCAUUUCCCUGGUAGCUUUCACCUGGGCCGCAAAGACAAGCUGUGGGCAAAUAUAAAGCGCCUGCGAGAGCGGCGAGGGCAUCUUGCUUGUGACUUCUUUCCUGAUACGUUUUUGCUACCCCAAGACCAUAAGGCCCUCAAGGAUGCCUGGGACGCAGACAAGUGCUGGAUCCUCAAACCACCUGCUUCUGCUCGUGGGACUGGCGUCAAGGUCAUUUACAAGUGGUCUCAAAUACCUAAAAAGCCCAUGAUUGUCCAGAGGUACCUGAGUGACCCAUACCUGAUCAAUGGCACUAAAUUUGAUUUGAGGGUAUAUGUACUUGUGCCCUCCAUAGAGCCUCUUCGAAUCUAUGUCUUCCAGGAUGGACUUGUGCGCUUCGCCUCACAAAAGUACUCUCUUUCGGACAAGUCGUUCAGCAACCGUUUUGUCCACCUUACCAACUACAGCAUCAACCGGAAAAGCUCAACCUAUACAUACAAUGAAGAUGAAAAUUCCUGUCAAGGUCACAAAUGGACUUUAAAGGCUUUCUGGACGUACAUGACAAACUGUGGCAUUGAUGUAACAAAGAUCAAGGAGACCAUCACUGACAUGAUAAUCAGGACCAUUAUCUGUGCAGAGACUCCCAUGACGAGGUUGGUACGCACAUACUCAAAAAGCACCUACAACUGUUAUGAGCUGUUCGGGUUUGACAUCAUGUUAGACAAGAAUCUGAAGCCCUGGCUGCUCGAAGUCAACAUCUCUCCCAGCUUACAUACCCGAUCCAUGCUAGAUUCCAGUGUCAAAGGUCAUCUGGUGCAAGACAUAUUUAAUCUGGUAGGCUUCCAGGUUCCUGGAGAUACGCCACAUGUGUCAGAGCAAGAAGAUUAUGGGAUCACCUCUCUUAUGGCAAGCAAGUACAUGGCUCCCAAGCAUAGAUUCCUGAGUCCCGAGGAAAAGAAGAAGCAUUCGUACCACACCUUUGAAUAUCCCCAUCAAGGCCAAGACAUCCUGGGAUCCCUAACACCCGAUGACGUUCGGUGCCUGGUAGAGAGUGAGGAUGAGUUCCAUCGGCGGGGAGCAUUCUCUCGCAUCUUCCCCACUCACACCACCUCCCACUACUUUCCCCUCUUCGAACACACCCGUUACUACAACCUGCUAUUAGAUGCAUGGGAGAGGGCUUACCAUGCCCAGAGACAAGAGGGUGUUCAGCUUCUCCAAUCAUUGUGCAAGGAACGUUACCACCUCAAGAGGAAAGUUUCGGAAGGAAAUUUCUUGGUCCAUCCAGACCCUGCACCUGAGAGUGCGUGACAAAGGUAAAACAAUAUGACCUCUCCUUUUUGCUCAGUGUUCAUCCGCAGGAGGCUAUUUUUUUAACCUUUUAACUGGACUUCUGUAUGUACAUAACUGCCAUUUGAUGAAAAUAAUAAAGUGUAUUUAUU